CAAUGGCACCAUAAUCGAACGUAGCCAAUGGUUGUGAAAUACUCAAAACCACGGGAAAUGUUAUAAACGUGAGCUUGUGCAACCUGUGGUGAAAGCGAAAAUGCCGACAAAAUGUCAUUUACAAAAUUUACUCAGAUUACAAAACGAUUGUGUGUAUUUACUACCUCCAAACAUGAUUGAUAUACAUGCAGAGCAAAGAGAGGUAAAUCUGACUGAAUGUUGUGACGGACCUGUAUCAUUCUUUGGAUUGGCCUUUAGUGUUACAAUGCAUGCCUGCAUCUGUGGCUGGGUGUUCAGUCUUCUGAUGUGUGUUGUUGUCUGCUCUGGUUGCCCCUGUGAAGAUCCAUCACUUUGUCAACCAAUCACAGCUAUACCUAAGAAAGAGGUGUUCGUAUUCUCCGUGACAGAUUUAUCAGAUGUCUGGAGUAAAUAUGAUUGGGCUGUGGUGACAACUGUUGUUACUGCAGGAUAUGUGGAUGACCAGCUGAUGUGCCUGGCGCAUAGUAAAGGGGCAAGAAUUGUAACCAUAGUAAACUUCAGCCCAACAAAGGAACUGGCAAACAGUACCCUAAGGGACAAGUGGGUGGCAAAGCAAGUGACCUUAGUUCAGAAGCAUUUCCUCGAUGGUGUCAAUUUUGAUUUUGAAGAUGAAAUCCCUAGGGACAAGCCAGAUUACAGAGAUGGAUAUACUUCACUGGUGGCAGAAACGAGGAAAGCUCUUAAAGCUCUAAACCCAUACACACAGGUAACCGUGGAUGUAGCCUGGUCUCCGGCCCACAUUGACUCACGAUACUAUGAUUACCGUGGCCUGGCACUGGCCUCAGAUUUUCUCUUUGUGAUGUCAUAUGAUGAGAGAAGCCAGAUCUUUGGAGCGUGUGUUGCUGCUGCUAAUUCUGGCUAUACUACCACGCUUUCAGGCUUGAUGUUAUAUUUGGAUGUACUAAAAGUAGGUGCCUCAAAGUUGGUGCUGGGAGUUCCAUGGUACGGGUACGACUAUCCUUGUACCAAGCUUUAUUCGAACAACACUUGUGAAAUUCCACAUUACCCAUUUAGAGGUGUAAAUUGCAGUGAUGCUGCGGGUCGGCAAUACAACUACAACAUUGUUAUUGAAACGUUGAAGAACUCAACUACAGGAAGGCUUUGGGAUGAAAAUUCAAAGUCACCUUAUUUCAACUUUAAGAGCACAACAGAUGACCAGAUGCACCAGAUGUGGUAUGAUGAUCCAGAGAGUUUGACCAUCAAGUAUAAACUGGUGACCACGCUGAACCUGAGAGGAGCGGGUAUGUGGCAGGCUGAUGCUCUGGACUACUCAAAUACAACUCAAGCAGCAGAACAACGCAAACAAAUGUGGAAGGCGAUCUCCACCAUCCUGUAACGUUUUUUUGAAAGUCCAGUGUCAUGCAAGAAUUUAAAUCCUAAUUUCCAUAAUAGCCUAUGAAAAGAACUUACCUCUUCUAAUUUCUUGUUUUUGCAUUAUUACAUCUAAAUGCUUUUUGUAGUGUAAAAUAUUUUGUUUUGUAAGCAUAUUUUUUUUAAUUAUGAUAUGGAGAUAUUAUUUGUUUUAACAUCCAUAUUUAUGAUAAAUGUAAAUCU